CACUAACCCGUCUCAUCUCUUCCAUUGAUCUGGCGAUCAGUUUACGCUCAUAAUUUGCAUUGCGAUUAUAUGUUGAGGAAAUCAUCGGAAGGGGUGGAUUGGAAAGAAAUCGAUCCGCAGAGUAGAGAAUCGUCGAUCCCUUUUCUCCGUGACAUUUUCUUUUACCAAUUCCUCCCAUUCCAUUGAAUUCCAUCAAUAGAUUUAGAUGGAAGAGAUGUAUGGAUUGAUCUAUAGGUUGGCAAAUG